GCCGGAGCCGGCUAACCCUCUCCACCUCGGACUCGGGCAGAGGCCCCAGCAGCCCAGCGUCCACCUUCACUUCAAAGCUAGGAAGGGCGCUCCUGGGGCCCCGGUCAGUCGCGCUCCCCCGGGAUGCGAGUUCCUCAGCCGACGCCCGGCAGAGGCCGGCACGGGCGCGGUAACUCCCAGCACACAGGGAUGAAGAUGUCCUGGGGGCCCCGGCGCCUCUCCGCGGCCAGUCCCGCGGGCCCCUGAGGCCACCGCCCGGAGAGCUCCGCUGCUGGGCACCAGAGCUGUUUGGGCGCAGUCCCCAACCGCCAAACCUCUUGCAGUCCUCCUUGACCCGGACCCAUGGAGCCGGCGGUGCUGGCAUCGCACAACCUCCCUCACCACGAGCCAAUCAGCUUCGGCAUCGAUCAGAUCCUGAGCUGCCCGGAACCCCCCGGGAGCGGCCUAGGCCUGGGUCGCGCCGGCCAGGGCCAUGGGGAGAGUGCGGCGUUCUCGGGUGGAUUUCACGGAGCCUCGAGCUACGGCCCCGCGGGCUCGCUGACCCCGCUACCAGGCAGCUCUGGUGUGGGCCCGGGAGGCGUGAUCCGCGUCCCAGCGCACCGCCCGCUGCCAGUGCAGCCGCCCGCGGGAGGCGCGCCUGCGGUUCCNGGGCCCUCAGGCUUGGGCGGCGCCGGGGGCCUAGCGGGACUCACCUUUCCUUGGAUGGACAGCGGCCGCCGCUAUGCCAAGGACCGGCUCACGGCCGCGCUCUCGCCCUUCUCCGGGACGCGCCGUAUAGGUCACCCCUACCAAAACCGGACGCCCCCGAAGCGGAAGAAGCCGCGCACGUCUUUCUCCCGCUCGCAGGUGCUGGAGCUGGAGCGGCGCUUCCUGCGCCAGAAGUACCUGGCCUCGGCCGAGAGGGCGGCGCUGGCCAAGGCCCUGCGCAUGACUGACGCGCAGGUCAAGACGUGGUUCCAGAACCGGCGCACCAAGUGGCGGUGAGGCGCGGGGUGGGCGAGGGACCGGGCCGGGCCAACGCGAGCGGAGCGGUUCCUCGCGGGCCGGCUGCUUCUGCUCUUGCAGAGGNNNGCGCUACCGCGACCGCUGCGGCCGCCGCUGCCCCCGGACCCGCUCUGCCUGCACAACUCGUCGCUCUUCGCGCUGCAGAACCUGCAGCCCUGGGCCGAGGACAACAAGGUGGCUUCCGUGUCCGGGCUCGCCUCGGUGGUGUGAGCGACGCCUGACUGACUGACCGGCCGAGCGCUCUUUUCCGGACCGAGGCGCGGCGUGGAGCGCCGGGCCCAGGGCCUUGGAGCGCACGGCCGCCCACGUGGCGGUCCCGCGGCAGUGGAGCGUGUGAGGAGGAGCUGGCCUUGAGGCUACCGUCGAGGGCUCCUCAGCCACCGCGGGCUCCCAGGCCAGCAUUGAGCCGUUACCUGGAGCGCAGAAACGCGGCCUUUCCCGCCAUUUUUCACUUCCACUGUCGGCCCGGCUGCUGGAACCCGCUGAGGGGGCGGGACCUGAAGUACGGCAGCCAAUGAGGUGCGGGGAGGUGGGGUAGGCUGGCCAAUGGCUGCUCUCUCUCGAGGGACUCCGGCUCCUUCUGUGGGUGGGUCGGAGCUGGAGUUCGGAGGGCUGGAGCAGGUUACACGCACCGCUGGGAUGGGGCGGCUGCAGCCCCCGCGGGCUGGGACUGUACCAGAUCGUAAAGGAAGGAAGGAAGAUGCCAACAACAGCAGAGUAAUGGAGGAGGUGCUGGAGACCGACAGUCUGACUGACUGACAGGAACCAGAGAGUUAUCCACGCUGGGCAUCCAUCCAUCAACUGUUAAAUAAUCGCUAAGGAUUCCUUCUGGACUUUGAGCCUCAUGUUGUCCAUGUGUGUUUAACCUGCUGACUAUGUCCUCCCACUUGGGCCUAACAGUGCGCCUGGGUGGCAGGCGAGACGGAUACUUAGACACCCAAUGAAGAGAAAAUCUAGGAACACUAAUCUGGCUCUGGUGUCCCUCGGAGACAGAGAGGGAAGGCGGGGCGGAAAGCAAUGGACAAAGUUAAUGGGCCCAGUGGUGUUAGGGUGAGCCGAAUUCGGCAAGUAAUUAGGAAGUGACAGGCCUAAAAAUAAUCAAAGAUAAUUACAAGGUUGGAAAUGUAAAGGAUCAAGAAAUCAACGAUGUUGUGUAUGAUGAAGGGGAAAUUGGGAAGAUAGGAUCAAGAUGAACUCUGCAGGCAAAACUAAAUGUUAGACCUAGAGAGUAAAUUCUGGAAAAAUGCCGAUAUCCACAUAGAGGCAUAGUUAGAUGGAAUGAUGAGAACAGACAGAAUGUCUAAGGGAGGAAAUUCUGAGAAGAAAAGCAGAGUUCUAAGGAUUAAAUGUUUCUUUCCACCAAUUUUUAUAAACACAUUUACAACAUGCAAGAUGAUUGAGGAUAUCAAAGUCACUAGUCCGAGGGAAGAAAAGGGAAAGGAAUAACCCAGCUGGAAAGAGAAAAGCAUGAUGUCCCUGGAGU